CUCACACCACCACCACCACAACUUCUUCUCCUUUGCCGCAAUCGUCUUCCCUCCUUGACCCUCCUUGGCUUCCUCUCCAUCACUCUGACUCCUGCUUUGUGUUUUGCGAUGCCCUCUGAUACCUCCGCUCCUUCGGCCGCCGAUUCCGUCUGCGUCUUCUGUGGCUCGUCGCCCGGUCAGGACCCCGUCUACGCCGAGGUAGCUGCCCAAGUGGGUGGGGCCAUUGCCAAGGAGCAAUGGAGGCUCGUAUACGGCGGGGGACAAAAGGGCCUAAUGGGUACCGUAGCUAGUGCUGCCCUCAAAACCUCUGGCUCGGUACUAGGCGUGAUACCCUCUGUCAUGGCUACAAGUUCCCCCUCAGGACAUCCUACCACCGGCACGGCUCCUGCUUCGAAGGAAGGCAGUGGACCCAACCAGCUGCCUUCCAGUGAAGUGGCACAACACCAUCGCAUGGAGACUCGUGUAGUGGCCUCAAUGCACGAGCGAAAGGCUCUGAUGGCAAAGGAGUCUCAGCGAGGAUUCGUCGGCCUACCUGGUGGCUAUGGAACUUUUGAGGAGGUAUUCGAAAUGGUCACUUGGUCACAACUGGGCAUUCACAAUCUGCCCAUUGUCCUGGUAGACGUCAACCAAUUCUGGUCCCCACUGCAGCUCCUUGUAGAAUCUGCAUCAAAGAAUGGCUUCAUCACUCCUCAAGGGCUCCAGCUCAUCCAUUUCGUCAAGGAGGAGGACGUCCAGAACAACCACAAAGGUGACUGGGGAGCGGCGACCAUCGAUGCGGUCAAGAUGAUGCAGGACAAGCUCAAGGGAAGGCAAGGCUACUGGAAGUGGGAACAGAGCGACAAGGCUGCCAGCACUGCCCCUUCAGCCGUUGACUUCUCUGCCCAGCCGACAGCGAUCAAGGUCACCGAUCUGACGUACUCGUUCCAAUCUGACCUCACGCCAUCCUUGGUCGACGUCAAUCUCACGCUGCCUCAAUGCUCACGUACUCUCCUGAUCGGCGCCAACGGAGCGGGUAAGUCAACGCUGCUUCGACUACUGGCCGGUAAGAGAUUGGUGUCUACUUCUCGAGAUCACACUCCAGUGACAAUGUUUGGAAAGGAUGUAUUCAACUCGCCCCCACAAGGUAUCACUUAUCUGGGCACCGAGUGGGCAAUGAACCCCGUUGUACGAUCCGACAUCGUCGUAGAGGACUUUCUGAACUCUGUCGGCGGCUACAGGUACAAAGAGCGCCGCGAUCGUCUGCUUGACUUGCUCGACGUAGAUCUACAGUGGCACAUGCAUGCCAUUUCGGACGGCGAACGACGACGGGUGCAGCUUUGCAUGGGCCUGAUGACGCCGUGGACUGUCCUUUUGCUAGACGAGGUCACCGUCGACCUCGACGUUCAGGUCCGAUCUGAUCUACUGGAGUUCCUAAAGGAGGAAACGGAGCAGCGGGGUGCUACCAUUGUCUACGCGACACACAUCUUCGAUGGCCUUUACGACUUCCCGUCCCACGUCGUGCACAUGCGGCUGGGAGGGCUUGUAGAGGAGGGGCAGAUGGAAGCAGAGACCAAUACUCUUCGUUGGCCGCCAGCGUCUACCUCCGACCUCUCUCAGCUGCUCGGAACGGCGCCGUCCGGAAGUGAAGAGAUCACCAAAGACGGCUUGUUGCUCACUCUGGCUCUCAAAUGGCUGAGACAGGAUCGAGAUAUUCGAGAAAAGGGCGAAGAGCAAGGCAAAGGCGGCAAGAAGAGGGGUGCCAAGAGAAGUGCAGAAGGCGUUGAGACCGACUCGGAGAAGUUUUACAACAAGUAUGACUACAGUCAGACCGUCAUGCGAUAGAUGUCGCCAUCCCUGGUAGCCUCGAGCUAUUUAUCAAACAAAAUCACAUUCUCGGAAGCAUUGCCAGCAUUAGACAAGCGCUUGAACUUUUGAAAUCGUCACUGGCAUAAUACCUAUCCUCCCCCUCGUCACUCUCUGUACGAUUAGACUUUUCAAGCAAUCUAAGCCAUCUCCCUC